CUCGGCCCCCGCGAUCUUUGUCUGCUUACUACGCUGAUGUGAUACAAAUAUACAAUAGCACAAUAUACAACAAGUAACAACCGUGAACGCCGAACCGAUCAGUCCGUACCGAGUUGUGAUUGUGAAUUCAUUAUCAUCAUUAUUAUUUGCCAUUGUCGUUUGAACAAAAAUCGAAAGACAUUUUUCAAAUUUUUUCUCAACUUUUCUAAAAUCAGUAAAAUCCAUCUUGAAUUGCGUCGUUGUCUGAUAUCUACUUUUGCACAUCACACUUGUACUCAUACCAAUCAAAUCAUUUAUCGAGUCGUCAUAUAUAAUAUAUAUAUAUAUUGACCUUUCGAUUGACUUGCAAAUUUUCUGAGUGGAUUUGUACAUACUACAAUGGGAGAAGCCGGUGAAGAAGUUGUAUUAUAUGUUUACGAUUUAACUGGUGGUAUGGCCAAGUCCUUAGGACAGUCGUUAUUACAAAAAAAUAUUGAAGGUAUUUGGCACACCGCAAUAAUAGUAUUCGGCAAAGAGUAUUUUUUUGGCUCUAAUGGGAUAUCAGUAUGCGAUCCAGGCACCACAGCCUUGGGAAAUCCAUUACGUACCCAUAGUUUGGGAAAGACGUGCUUGCCGGAAGACGUAUUUCAAGAGUAUUUGCGGGGACUAGAACAGGAUACAUUCUCCGCAGACAAGUAUAAUUUAUUACGACACAAUUGUAAUAAUUUUUCCAACGAAAUUAGUCAGUUUUUAUGCGGGAAUUGUAUUCCUAAUUACAUUUUAGAUUUACCAAACGAAAUACUUAACACUCCUUUUGGUCAACAAUUGGCACCAAUUUUAGAAUUAUUCUCCAACAGUAUUGGUAUACAUCCAGGUGUAAGAAGAUCUGGGUCCGAUUUCGAGUCUCUUAACAACGAUAUCGAUUCUGCCAGGUAUAGAAAACAAUCAGCGUUAUUAGAAGAAAAACGAAAUAAGUUAAACGAGAAACUAGAGAAAAGAGAGAAAAGAAAAAAAAAAAAGAAAGACAAGAACAAACACUUAAGCGAUCAAUUUUGUAACGAGUCUGAACCCAGCUCUAGUAGAAAGUACUGCGAUAAUCGCAAAAAAAUGUCUGAAAACGGAACAAAUGGUGUAAAUGUGCCUGCAACUGCAAUCGUGGAAAAUGACGCCGAUGACUUGGAAAGGAAGGAGCUCGAGUUAAAGCGUAAAGAACGCGACCCGCCUAUAGUGUUCCCGGAUACCAUAAACGUACAAAACGAAUUGGAACGAUUAGUGGGUCUGAUCGAUGGCCGCAUAAAUCCGGACGACAUGCAGUACGUCGCCGAACUCGAUCAGUAUAUGUUGGAGAACGAAGGCUCUUGGGCCCUGGGCGAAGGUUUCCUGUCAUUUGUCGGUAAACUAUUAAACGACGAUCAGCUGGUUUCGGAGGUACGCGAGACAAUAUUGAACAUUUUGGCAGCGGGUGCACUCAAAGACGACAUUAUUUUAGUGUUGCACCAGGACAGAAGGGAGCACAUACUUAUGAAUUACGCUAACGGAUUUGAUAAACUUCCUCUGCUCGAACAGCUAGCUCUCACUUUAUUCAUGUGCAAUUUGUUCGAGAACAGCAGCACUUCCGAAUGGCUUUUAUACAUAUCUGAAUGGCAGCUUGGUUCCAGUUCGGUGAGCAACAUACGGGUGACGACUAAGGUGGCGGUGAAUUCGUUGUUGUCCGAAGACAAGGUUCUGCAAGACCGAGGCACGGCACUGGUACACAACUUGGCCUGCAAGGAGAAAAUGUUAAAAAACCAAAACAUUCGACGACUGUUACCCGUGGGAUCGUUUUUUAAGGUGUUUGACGAUGUAGUUGUGGAACUUGCAAUGGCUGUCUUACAGUAUUUUAACAGCAAACCCAACGAAGAGAAUAGUUUUAGAUGUAUGAAGUCUCUGGCCAGAUUUUGUCAAAUAUCUAGACAGGAUGUACCACAGUUGGUACAAAUGAUUGGACCACCACCGUCUGCUUUCAAAGGCAUAUCGAAUAGAAUCGAUGAACAAAUCGCUGAAAUUCAAAAUUAUCUACGUUGAAAAAAAUUUUAAAUAAAUUAUAUGGAUAAAAGCAUUUUUUAUGAUAAUUUUUUAACUCUAAUAUGAUGUAUUUUUAUAUGGAUUGUCCAAAUUAACUUAAUAUUUAUUAUUCUUAAUUCUUGAUUUAUUAGUCUUAUUUUUGUUUUUGCAUUUCAAUCUUUAAUAUAUUUUUUAGUUGUGUUCUUGAGUUAAAUAUUUGUUUAAAUACAUUUGAGUUUUAUUUUAAA